AUGGCAAAAUCACAAAAGACUGGUGCGCCAACACAAGAAGAGCUGGCCGCGUUGAUUGAUAAGGUUUGUCAAGAAAAAUGAGAGAAAUGAGGGAUAGAUGUCAGCAACUUUUCCCCUCAUUUUAGCAACUGGCCGCGUGGCGCAAUGGAUAACGCGUCUGCCUACGGAGCAGAAGAUUGUAGGUUCGAAUCCUGCCGUGGUCGAAAAGAUUUUUGUUUUUAUCGAAAUUUUUAGAGAGAAUUUAUAAAUAUAUAUUUUCAGGGACAUGGUCAACAGUUGAACAAGGAUGAAAUAGCAAAAAGAAAGAAAACUGAAGAACUUCCGGAAAACUUCCAACUUGCUGACGGAUUUGGUGUUUUUCUUGUUGUUGUAGGUGGCAAUGAGUAUUUGUGUGUCACCAAUUUGUUGUGUAACAAAUGUGUCCGAACUAAUGGAAAAGUUAAAAGAUGUGAACAACAUAAGAAAAAGAAGAAGAGAAGAAGCAAAUCGAAAAAGGAUGGAGAUGUUCAAGAUGAUGCUUCAGAUCGAGAGUGAGUUUCAGCGUGACAAACAACUACAGUACUACUUAACGCAAAAAUUUUUGCAGCAAGCUUGGAGCUCUUCGCCAUAUUGAUGAUGACGAUGAAGAAGAAGAGAAAAUUGACGGAGCUUUCACUCCUGAUUUCAUUUUGACACCUGGAGUUGGUGGAGCUAAUAUUCAAGUUCCAGUUGACAUCAAAAACAAUGACAAAGCUGGUCCAAGAGCAAAAAAUAUGAAUCAUGUGAAAGGAGUAUUGGUUCGCGGACCUGCAAAUAUUCCACAAUUUAUUCCAAAUGACAGAAUGACCAAAGCGUUGAAAUUACGUUAUGAUAAUUAUGUUGAAGGAGAAUUGAUUUUGAAAGAGGGAAAAGAAGUGUUUGUUCCAGCUAGUUUGGGAGCUGACAAGAUGAAUGACAAGAAUAUGAAAGAAAUCGCCAAAGCUGCGACUGCAGAUGUUGUCAAUGCUAAAACCGCCGAUGCUAUUGGAACUAAAGGUAAUUAGGUGUUGGAUUGUAUAGAAAAUGAUUGUUUAAUUUUUGUUCAGAUGCUGUCCCAGUUAUCGUCGAAAUUGCUGACAAUGGUAUUCCAAUUAUGAAAAUUCUUAAAGAAAAACCAAAAGAUCGCGAAGCAAUUGUUGGAGUUAUUAUUGCAAAUGCUGAUGGUAUUCCAGUUUUUGUACAAACUGGUGGAAGAGAAUUAGGUGGUGGAAAAGGUAUAUUUUUUCCGAUAAUUAAAUACUUUAAUCAAAUAAAUUCAGAUGCUCCAUUGGUUCCAACAACUCCACCAGAAAAUGCAAAACCAGGAGAUCAUAUUGGAGAUGUUAUUCUUGGUGCAGAUGGUAGACCAGUUGCUGUUAAACCAGGAGAUUAUCCAAAAGGUGCAAAAGUUCUUGGAAAACUUAUUGUUGGAAACAAUGGCGAACCAGUAUUUGUGCCAACUGGAACAUCAAAUGCUGACGCAAUGAAAGCAUCUGCUGCAGCUGCUGCGAAUGCUGAAAUGCUUGAAAAGGCUCAAAUUGAUGCACAAGCUAAAGUAACCGGACAAUCGAAGGCGGCUGUUGAAGAGCAAAUGAAUAAGAUUGCUGAGAAUAACGGUGGAACUGCUGGCGGAGAAGCUGGAGGAGCUGGAGGAGCUGGAGGCGGAUUUGGUGGUGGUGGUGGAGAAGUUAGAUCGGUUGGAUUUGGACAACAAGCAUUUGGGGCAAGUCAAUUUGCGAGACCAUCUGGAACUGGCGGAGGAGGAGCAUCACGUGGAGGAGGAGGAGGAGGAGCUGGUGGCGGAGGUGGAUAUUCUGGAGGAGCCAAUGAAGUUAGAUCUGUUGGUUUCGGAGCACAACAAUUUGGAGCAAGUCAAUUUGCAAGACCAUCUGGAACUGGUGGAGGCGGCGGCGGUGGAGGCGGAGGCGGAGCUGGUGGAGUCGGAGCUAGUGGAAGUGGAGCAUCGAAAGGAGCAUCAGUGGGAAAUAACACAAUGGGAAAUAACAACAAUGAAGUCAAAUCGAUGGCAUUUGGCGAUAAACAAUAUGGUGCUAGUGUAUUUGUUAGAAAAUAG